AUGGUUCUCAAACCAAAGCCGGUUUUUCAACUACGAACAAUGACCACUCGGAGUCGCUCAAGUUCCCCCAAACCCGAGAAUAGUGCUCCCUCUGUACAAGAAAAAACAGAACUGCCUCCACCGGGAUCAAAAAGGGCUGGAACACCAAAACUUCGUGAUGCCUUAGGGUUUCGUAUGAAGAGACAAGCCAUUGAUCGCACCACAUUGACAGCUUACGACCAACUUGGCGGUGAAAACUCAACUGAUACAACACUAGAGAAGGGAAAAACCAUCCAUGAAGAAGAAACAGAGGGCGCAGGAUACGUUUUGGAUGGUCGGUUGCGUAGAGUUCUGCCAUAUUUCUUCACCUAUCUUACCUACUGCAAACUUCGUUGGAGAGACAGAAAGCUCAUUGAUAUAUUUUGUGACGAGUUCAGAGAUCGAGAUCAAGACUUUUACAAGGCGGCUAUAUCUGAAGGUCUGGUGACACUUAAUCGUAAGCCUGCUAAUAUCGAUAGCAUCGUGCGAAAUGGAGACUUGAUAAGUCAUCGAUGCCAUCGCCACGAGCCAGCUGUGAGCUCACGGCCCAUCAAAAUCGUCCAUGAGGAUGACGAUGUGAUUGCCAUUGACAAGCCGCUGGGAAUUCCUGUUCAUCCCGUUGGGAGGUAUAGAUACAACACUAUCACCAAAAUUUUUCAGCACGAAUUUGGCAGAGUUGUACAUCCUUGUAACCGAUUGGAUAGACUUACCAGUGGUUUGAUGUUUCUUGGGAAAACACCAAAGGGAGCAGACAAGUUCGUACAGCAAAUCAAAGAUAGAACGGUGAGAAAAGAGUAUAUUGCACGAGUCAUUGGCAAAUUUCCAUGCGAGGAAAUAACCGUUGAAGUCCCCAUCAAAACUGUCUCUCCCAAACAUACACUCAAUAUGGUUGAUCCCAAAAACGGAAAAGAAGCCAAAACAAAGUUUAAGCGUAUUUCCUACGAUCCAGCAUCCAAUACUUCCAUUGUCAAAUGCUAUCCACUAACGGGCCGCACCCACCAGAUUCGAGUCCAUCUACAACAUAUAGGCCAUGCCAUUGCCAACGAUCCCAUUUAUUCCAAUGCCUAUGUUUGGGGCAAAGAUCUAGGAAAGGGAAUAGUUGAAGAUACACAAGACAUCAUCACCCGUCUCGAUAGGAUGGGCAAAGAUGUAGCUGCGUCUACUUGGAUACACCCUCAAGGUGACGGAGAAAUAUUGUCAGGCUCCAAAUGUGAAAUCUGUGAUGUUGAGCUCUAUACGGACCCUGGUCCCAAUGAUCUUGACUUGUGGCUUCAUGCCUAUCUCUAUGAGAGCGCCGACAAUUCGUGGUCCUAUAAAACUGAGUACCCUGAGUGGGCUCUUGCUUCUCAUCGUCCAUUCAUGGAACUAGCUUUGAGUGAAGCAGAGAAAUGUGGUGAGACUCAGACUCAGUUCAAUGUGGGUGCUGUAUUAGUUCAUGAAGGAGAAGUAUUGGCAACUGGUCAUUCCAGAGAGUUACCUGGUAAUACCCAUGCCGAGCAAUGUGCUCUCGAGAAAUAUUUCAAAGCAUCAAACUCCACUGAAGUUCCAGAAGGUACGGUUAUUUAUACAACAAUGGAACCAUGCUCUUUUAGACUCAGUGGAAAUGAACCUUGUGUUCAAAGAAUAUUGAAAACUUGCAUUAAAACCUGUUUUGUGGGUGUUAUAGAACCGGACACUUUUGUCAAGGACAAUUCCAGCUUGCGCCAGUUGUCCGAUAACGGAGUUGAUUAUGUACAUAUUGGAGGAUACGAAGAAAAGUGUUUGGAGAUAGCGACGAGGGGACACGAAAAGGGGUUGAAAAGGCCGAAAGAUGUUUAA